AUGUUGCAACAACAACGAGUCAUUGUUGUUGGUCGUUGUUCCCUCCUCUCUUCUUCCUCGAAAUCGUGCUUCUCCUUUCAGAGGAGGAUUCUCAGCACCAGCAGCACUACUGCCACUACUACUACUUGCAACAAUAAACCCAUCACUAGCACCAUCACUAGCACCAUCACUAGCACCACCACUCAUCGUCUCUUCUCAAGAACGCAGUGUUCUUCUCUUCAACAACAACAACAACAUUCCACACUUCUUCGGAGUGGUGGUUCAUCAUCCUUCCGAUCCUUUUCUUUUUCACUUUGUCAAUACAAUUCCAUCACUGCCAAUACUACUACUACCAAUACUACUACCAAUACUACUACCAAUACUACUACCAUCGAUAAUACAACUACUACUACCAACAACACCUCAUCACAGAAUUCCCAAAAAACAAUCAAAACAUCCACAACAACAAUACCCUUCUCUGCUCUGACUCAUCCUCUUGAUCCCUCUUCACUCAUUUCCUUUAAAAAUAAUAUCAAACACAUGAAAGGAGUGAAUGUCUUUGAGAAUGAAGAAUUCAUGAAGAGAGGGACAACAACUCAUGUCAUUGAUGCUGCUUCUUCUCCUCCUCUCAAACACCACCACCAUAGUCAACACUCUCAACACUCUCAACACUCAGUUCUCAUCUAUCAUCCAUUUCCUAAUGAUGAUGGACAUACAAAUGUAGUAGAUGAUCAUCACUCCUCAUUGAAUCAUCUAUCAACAAAUCUAUCAACAACAACUAGUAGUACUACUCCUACUCCUAUUCCUACUCCUAUUCCUACUAGUAGUGACAAGAAGACUUUUAAAAAACUCAUGGUUUGCAUUUUAGGAUGGUUAGGAGCAGAUUGGAAACAUUUUGAUAAAUUUGUUCAUUGGUAUGAUUAUUGUAAUAUUGAAACCUUGAGUACCAUUCCACCCAUUUUGAGUACCAUUUCACCUAAUCAUACUCAUCAAGUAUGUUCUGAAUUUAUCAAACAAAUGGAAGAAAAGAUUUCUGAUCCUUCUAAUACACAUUUGAUUUUUCAUGUGUUGAGUGGAAAUGGAAUUCACAUGUUCUCUCGAUUACUGGAAGAUGAAAAAUUUGUUGAAAAAUUUUUACCUCAAUUGAGAGGUCUCAUUGUGGACUCGGCACCACCUUUAUUCAAUUACAAGAGAUUUACAGAAGGAUUUGUAGGUGCCAUUAAAACAAGUGUUUUGAAAAGGGGUCAUAGUAGUGGCAGUAAUAGUGGUCAUAGUAGUGGUCAUAGUCCUACGAGUAGUAUUUCGAGUCAUUCCAGUGGUGGUUAUGGUGGUGGUCACAGCAAUAGCCACAACAUCCACUCUGGUCACAGCAAACACGAAAAGUCUCAAAUCAACAAACAUUCAAUGACACCUUCUGAACGUUAUGAACAAAGUAGAGCCUUUUACAAACAUUGGUUUUUAACACCCAUUGUUGAAACUACAUUCAAAUUCUUUUUUAAUUAUUUAAAUUAUUCAGAGAGAUUUGAGAAAUUGGAACAAUUGUUGGUACGAUAUACAAAACCCAUUCCAAAACUAUUUAUUUAUAGUCAUGGAGAUGUACUUGUUCCUCAUAGUGAUAUUGAUUAUUAUAUAUCAAAACAUUUCAUUCAAGAGCGAUUGGAAAGAGUAAUGGUAGAUCAGAAUGGUGGAAAAGAUAUGAUCAAUAAUGGUAGUAGUAAUACUAGUACUAAUACUAGUAAUAAUAAUAGUACUAGUACUAAUAAUAAUAGUCCUAUGACCAUUCAUGGAACUACUACUACUGAUCAUGCUGGUCAUGAAUUAUUGGAGAAUAAGAAUGAAAAGGUUUUACUAUUAGAUGAAUUAGUAUUUGAUGAUUCAGAUCAUGUUUAUCAUUUCAAGAAACAUCCAAGAAUUUACAGUGAAAGAGUAUUGAAUUUUAUUCAAAAGACUUGUCGACACUAA